CACACGCCCUCGCCGACCAAAGUUACAAUUCACCCAAAGGCGCUUCCCGUAAUCCAAAGCUUUCGCCGUCGCUUUCCCUGCAACAAGACGGAAAGCCAACCCAUCGCCUUCCCUAAAAUCCAAAUUUUCUCUCUUUAAUUUGAUCCGCUUAAUGUGAAAUCCGAUCGACCCUGGCGGUGUUUAGGGUUGGAUCCGGCCGCCGGAUGGGAAACUCCCGCCGGUCGCGGACUUUCUUCGCCACGGACGACGUCCCCGCCGACCCCCAAUCCGACCGCUACGUCUUUUCUAACCACCAUCAUUUUGGAGGAGGCGGCGGCGGCGGCGGCUUCGGCUUCGGCCGUGGACUUGACCACAAGUGGAUGACUGUCAUCGGCAGCGACGCCAAGUCGGGUGGCAAAAUCGAGGAGAAGUACCUGAUCGGGCGCGUUCUCGGCCAAGGCGAGUCCGGCGUCACCUACCUCUGCGUGGAUCGUGACACCAAGGAGCGGUUCGCCUGCAAGACGAUCCUGAAGCGCAAGUUGCGGACGAUGGUGGACGUGGAGGACGUCCGGCGGGAGGUCACCAUAAUGCGGCACGUUCCCAGGAGCCCCUGCCUCGUCGGGCUCCGGGAGGUGCGCGAGGACGACCGCGCCGUGCAUCUGGUGAUGGAUCUCUGCGAGGGCGGGGAGCUCUUCGAUCGGAUUGUGGAGAGGGGGUAUUACUCGGAGCGCGCGGCGAAACCCGUCGUUAGGACGAUCGUUGAGGUUGUGCAGCUGUGCCACAAGCAUGGAGUGAUGCACCGCGAUCUCAAGCCAGAGAACUUUUUGUUCGUUGACGACAAGGAGAACUCUCCGCUCAAAGCCAUCGACUUUGGGUUGUCCAUAUUCUUCAAGCCGGGUGAAAGGUUUUCUGAGAUCGUCGGUAGCCCAAAUUACAUGGCUCCUGAAGUUCUAAAGAGAAAUUAUGGACCAGAAAUUGAUAUUUGGAGUGCUGGAGUGAUUCUUUAUAUCCUCCUUUGUGGAGUUCCUCCAUUUUGGGCUGAAAACCAACAGCGGGUUGCACAAGACAUUCUUCGAGGGGCUAUAGAUUUUGAAUGUGAACCAUGGCCAAGUGUUUCUGACAGUGCCAAAGAUUUAGUUCGAAGAAUGAUGGAACCUGAUCCCAAGCUACGGUUAACUGCAAAUCAAGUCCUUGAGCACCCCUGGCUUCAAGAUUUGAAGAAAGUUUCAGAUAUACCUCUCGGUGAUGGAAUCAAGUCUAGGCUCAAGGACUUUUCAAGUAUGAACAGAUUUAAAAGGAGAGCUUUGAGGGUUAUUGCUGAUCACUUAUCCACUGAAGAAGUUGAUGAUGUCAAGGAGAUGUUUAAGAUGAUAGACACUGACAGUGACAAUAUUGUUUCCCUCGAUGAACUCAAAGCUGGGCUUGCUAAGUUUGGUUCACACUUAAGGGAGUCCCAAAUACAGAUGCUUAUUGAAUCUGUCGAUGCCAACGGGAAGGGUACCUUAGGUUAUAUGGAUUUUAUAGUUAUUUCUCUUCACUGGCAAAGGAUUCUAAAUGAUGAGCAUCUUAGAAAGGCCUUCUCCUUCUUCGACAAAGAUGGGAAUGGCUUUAUUGAACCUGAGGAACUUCGCGAGGCACUAGCCGAAGAUGGAACUUGUGAUAACAAGGAAGAGACAAAGGACAUCUUGCAGCAACUUGAUACCGAUAAGGAUGGGCAAAUAGGCUACGAUGAAUUUGUGCUGAUGAUGAAGACUGUAACAGAUUGGAGGAAGGCCUAGAGGCGGUGAUCUUCGAAACGAAGGAGAUUGAUGAUCAAUGGAUUUGCAAAAAAUGUUCAUGAGGCUUGGAGACCUGGGCGACCUCGGAUGGCGGCGCCGCGGGUGGAGGUGGAGGACGUGAUCGAAUUCCUCAGGUUGCGCGGUUUCUCCGCCGCCGCCGCCGCACUCCGCGACGACGCACUUUCUCGCCUCCCCGCCGGCGAGGCAGCCAACCUUGACCUUGACCUCAACGCAGGGUUCGAUCUCCCGCCCCUGAAGCUUUCUCCUCCGUCCCGUGUAGGUGCAGUCGGAUUCGAGAGUUCGCUUCCCAGCGCCUCCUCCAGCUCCUCCAGCUCCUCGGACUCGUUCGUCAGCAUCAACUCUUCGCCUUCGGAGCUUUUGAAUCCCUACGGAGUCUGGUCACCAGCUCGGUCUAGAUCGGAUGACGAGUCAACUGAUGGACACUCGAACUUUGGGACCGCCCGAGAGUACAAUAAUUACUGGUAUGAUGACCAGCUUGGAGGAUAUUACAAUAAUCCCUUCUUCGUGCAGAAUGAUUCUGGCCAAUUACACAUGGAGGACAAGUUCAUUAUGUCUGGACAGGGAAAGGAGCUGUUUGUGAAGCAAACUCAAGAUAGGUUUGAUGUUGUAGCAAACGAUCAUAGGCAUGAGCAUGACAAUGUUAACUGCGAGGGAUGCGUUGAUAUCUACAAUUGCCCUUUCCCAAUUUGUGAUUGCUGCCGUGGAUCAAAAUUACAUGAAAGUGGCGACGUUGCUGAAAUGGUGAGAAGUUCAAGCUUUGCUAUUUAUGGCCGCUAUCAGAUCUUGGAUGACCAGAUGGAGAAGUUGGAUGAAUAUGAAGGGAAUGAGUUCCAAUUCAAAGGGGUGCGUGAUCUGCCAGAUUCCAUUGUUCUAGAACACGAUUUGUUUCACGAUAAAAGUCAAAUUGAAGGCAAAGAAUGUUUAGAAUCAGAUUCGGCAGAGGAAAAACUGCAGACAUUUAAUGCCAAUGCAGCUGAUGAUAGUGGUUGUACAAAGUCUGAAACAAAAAUAAAUAGGGAUGUUGUAGAAGAUUCAUAUGACAGAAAUUUAAUUUUUUUGAGCAAGAGAAAUGAUGGGGGGUUACAAACUGAAUCUUUUAGUUUACCUCCGUUUGAAGAGGUAUUUAAACGAGAUGCUAAUUCUGCCUAUGAACAUUGGGAUCACAAGACAACUGACAAGAAACUAGAGGUAUCUGGAGAUGUUGACAUGGAAUUAGAGGGCAAUAUUACUGAUGAGCUUCAUUUUCCUACUUCCUGUGAAGAUGAACUGGAAAUAUUUGACUUGAGAAUAAUUCACCGGAGGAACAGGACUGGCUUUGAAGAAACUAAAGAGUUUCCAAUUAUCCUGAAAUCAGUUGUAGCAGGCAGAUACUAUAUCACACAGUAUCUUGGUUCAGCUGCAUUUAGCAAGGUUGUUAAGGCGCAUGACCUACAUACAGGAAUGGAUGUAUCCCUCAAGAUAAUAAAGAAUGAUAAGGAUUUCUUUGAUCAGAGUUUGGAUGAGAUUAAACUUCUCAAGUUUGUUAACAAGCAUGAUCCUUCUGAUGAGCACCAUCUAUUGCGCCUUUAUGACUACUUCUACUAUCAGGAACAUCUUUUCAUUGUUACAGAGUUGCUACAAGCUAACUUGUAUGAAUUUCAGAAGUACAAUCACAAAUCUAGUAGUGUGGAAUACUACACAUUGCCCAGAAUACAGGCAAUAGCUCGACAAUGUCUAGAGGCAUUAGAAUUCCUCCACCAUCUAAGGAUAAUUCAUUGUGAUCUGAAGCCUGAGAAUAUCCUCAUCGAGAGCUACAGCAGAUGUGAAAUUAAGGUUAUUGAUCUUGGAAGCAGUUGCUUUGAGUCAGACAACUUAUCUGUAUAUGUGCAGUCUCGUUCUUAUAGAGCCCCUGAAGUUAUCCUAGGUCUCCCUUUUGGUCAGAAGAUUGAUAUUUGGUCCCUUGGUUGCAUCCUUGCUGAACUGUGCAUUGGUGAUGUGCUAUUUCCAAAUGACUCGGUACCCUUGAUACUGGCCCGGAUGAUGGGGAUCCUUGGUCCAAUUGAUGAGGAGAUGCUUAUACUGGGAAAGGAAACAAGCAAAUAUUUCACUGAAAGUUUUGAUCUUUAUCACCUGAAUGAGGAAACGCGCCAAGUAGAGUACCUGAUACCAGAGACAUCCUCUUUGUCACAACAGCUGCAAAAUUCGGAUGCCGAAUUUGUUGAUUUCCUUUCUUAUUUGCUCCAAACAAACCCUAGGAGGAGGCCCACAGCCAGUGAAGCGCUAGAACAUCGAUGGCUUUCCUUCUCGUACCAGUGAAAAAUGAGAUUUUGCACUUUUUCUGGCAUGCACACAUCCAAUUGGAUGUCUAGAGCAAAAGCUUUUAGUAAUUACUGUGGUUGUUGUUGCUGCUGCUGCUGCAAGUGUGCAGUUUGGGCAUCUAAUUUUACCACAGGAACUACAAGUAUAGACCAUGUAAAUAUUUCAUAAUUGUGCCUUUGUUUAAUCCU